AUGAGGAGCCUCUGCUCUUUGCCUUACCUCCUCUUGCUGCCACUGAGUGCCUGCUUUCCCCUGCUGGACAGAAUGGGACCCACAGACUUCGGUGACGUCGGAGCCAAGAUGAGCAGGGUCCACCUGGCUGAGGGACGCAGAGCCCACUCAGUGCGAGGUCCUUCUCCAUGGCUGAGAGUACCACAGCCACAGGCCUUGCUUGUGGUGGCCAAGGAACUGCAGGCCUCGCGCAGGGCACACACCGGCUUCCGCCUAGGGAGGCAGGAUGGCGAUAGCCAGGCCGCAGGGUUCCUGCCCACUGACUCAGAGAAGGCCAGCGGCCCCCUAGGCACCUUGGCGGAGGAGCUCAGCAGCUAUAGCAGGAGGAAGGGAGGCUUCAGCUUUCGCUUUGGCCGGUGA